ACACAUAAACGCAUAAACCCCGCCCACCGGUCUGACUGCCAGUCCGAGAGUUACUACAGCUGCAGACCGGUUCCUCCUUCAUCGUAUAUUUAUGGUGUUCUGGCCAACGUGACGCGCAACCGGCCACCAACGAUUUACAUAGUCACGGCUGAUCGUCCUGCACAGUGGCAGUGAGUGAGGGAGGUGAAAGACAAUAGUGUGCCCGUGACAAUGUCUGCAGACAGAGAGCCUCCUGUCACUGCUAAACUCCUUCACCUCAUGUUUCUCUCCACCUUCUGGGGAAUGCAGAUAUGGGUCACCUUCAUAUCAGGCUUUGUGAUGGACAACCAUCUAAACCGACACACGUUUGGCUUCAUCCAGAGCCGGCUCUUCCCGUUUUACCUGCAUAUCGGCUCAGCCUGCGCUUUCUUCAACCUCACCAUCUUCGCCAUGUACCAUCCCAGCAACAUGCUGGAUGACAGAGAGGCCUUCCAGAUCUUCAUUUAUUUUGUUUGUGUGACUGUGGCGGCAGUAAAUGCCCAGUGGUUUGGUCAGAUGACCUCCGAAAUCAUGGCGGACAUGCACCUGAUUGAGCAGGCCUGUGGAUUGGGUCAGGACAUCGGACUCUCAUCCAAUCGGGAAGCUUACGCCAAGCUCUGUGAGACGGACCACAAGUACAAAAAGCUGAGUGGUCGGCUGUGGCUGUAUCACCUGCUGUCCUCCCUCUGUAACCUCUGCUGUAUCAUAUGUAACGGAUACAGUCUGUAUUACCUGGCAGAAAACCUCACCACACUCUGAUGACCUUCCUAUAAUAUAGUGGAGUUCUACGCCCAUAAUGCAAUUCAAAACCUUCGGUUAGUGUCUGUGUGACUCCGGCAGCGACGACCUGCUCUCAGGUACUGGAUUACUUCCUGACAAAUCUGGUCAUUCUUGUAAUGGAUUGUCUUUUUUAAUCUUUGUUGUGCUAAUUUUAGCAUAGAUAUAUGGUGUAUAGAGAAUAUUUUUUGUAAAUGUUAUAGAUAAUGACUGUGCAUAUUUAAAUUUAAAAGAUGUUACUCUGCAUGCUUGAGGAAUGGGGAAAAAAAUGACACGCGAGUUGAAAUGAACAAAAAUGGGAAGUGGAAUUAUAUUUUCAAAACUUUUUUUUUUCAUUCUAGAAGUCGUUAUGGCACACAUUUUCUGUUUUCUAAACAAAAGCAACCUCACUCUAUCACAAAACAAAUUAAUUUAUCAAAUUAUUUGAUUUCUCUGUUUCAACAGCCUUUCCUCCUGGACUGAUCACGCACAAUCUUUCACUGCACUUCUGCAUUUUAACACAAUAUGCUAGUUAUGCUCUCACCUGAAUGCUGAAAUAGAGCUUAAAUAAAAUGCACCCAGCACCAGUUGUACCACAGAUUGUGGUCAUGCAUGUUAUAUAAGAAUUUUAAAGGCACAAUAUGUAAGAUUUUUGGAUUCAAAUAUCCAAAAACCACUAGAACAAUGUUAUAUAUUUUGAGUACUUACAUUAACCCAAAUGUUUCCAAAAAUGUUUAUUUUCAGAGAAAUAAGCCAUUUUAACCAGGACACGGACCAUGUCCGUGCGUCGUCUAUCAAUCAUAGACAUCAUACCUGCGUUACCCUUGAUUUCUGGUUUUAUUUUGUAGAAACCAUGGAAACAUCAAUUUAAUAUAUUAUGUGUUUUAAUAGACAGGUGAGCAACUGUUUGGAUACAUUCAUUGACAGAAAACUAAUCAUGUUAUAUUGCUCAAUUGUUUAAAUCUCGUUUUCUUGAUUUACAGCGAGUACCAUGUUUUACCAUGACUAAUAUCGAUCUAGCUUACUGCAGUGUGCAACAAGUGUCUCAUAGCAGCCACCGAGUGAACGCAAAGUAGCAUUAUAACAACUUUUAACACUCAAAUGUAUCUAAUAUGAUAAACAGCGCUGCGCUACCCCACAUACGCUUGACCGGAAGAAGCGGAAGUGGCGACUGCGACAUAAAAGCUCCACUGCUCUCGAGCCGUGUGUCGCGCUCGUCUCUCAUUAGCAAUCGCUCCAGCAGCCUUGUCCGCUCCAACACCCUGCUUCAUACUACAGUAAUGUUAAUAAAUCUUUAAUACAUUAGCUCAUCCACGAAUAUGAUUUCUGUCAGAUUCUUUUCCACCGGCUGUAGACAUGAAUAAGCGACCUCUAGUGGCGAAAAAUUACAUAUUGUGCCUUUAAUGACUCUCAGCUGCCUCACAAACAAAUAUUCUUAUUUUGUAUACAGUGUAGUAUUUAUCAGUGCACUGACUACAGCUGUGACAAUAAAUAUAUAUAUAUAUAUAUAUAUAUAAGCAUAAAAUAUAUGCUUCUUGUCAAAAGUUUGGGGUCAGUAAGUUUUAUUUAUUUAUUUUUUUAAAGAAAUUAAUACUUUUAUUCAGCAAGGAUGCAAUUGAUCAAAAGUGACAGUAAACAAAAAAUUUCUAUUUCAAAUAAAUGCUGUUCUUUUUAAUCAAAAAAUCCUGAAAAAAUAUUAAGCAGCACAACUGUUUUCAACAUUGAUUAAUAAUAAUAAAUAUUUCUUGAGCAGCAAAUCAGCAUCACAUGAUCAUUCAGAAAUCAUUCUAACAUGCUGAAGACUGGAGAAAAUUCAGCUUUACCAUCACAGGAAUAAAUUACAUUUUAAAAUAUAUUAAAAUGGAAAACAGCCAUUUUAAAUUGUAAUAAUAUUUCACAAUAUUACUGUUUUUUUUUUCCCUGUAUUUUUGAUCAUAUAAAUGCAGCCUUGGUGAGCAGAAGAGACUUAUCUUACCAAUCUUUUUCACAGAAUAUUUAUGUCAGCUUGGUUCAUGAAGUGUGUUCAGCGUUUUAAAACGAGGCAUUGUUUCAUUUAUAUUUGCUCUUAAGAGACAUUUACAGAUGUAGAUGCUCUCUAUCUGAAACCAUCAAAUUGACCUUUGUCAUGACAGGUUCAACAGAAACCAGUUUAUGUCCUGUUUGACCGCUUUCGCACACUGUGCCUUUAACUUUUACAGGUGUUAAGCAACAGCAAACCGGACUACCUUGGGUGUACAUGACACAUUAUGUGUUUUUUUUUUUUUUGUGAAUCACACGUGAUGUGCCUCACUAAUGUGUUAGUCAUAUAAAAUUGUGUGUAUUCAGAUAAAAAGCACUAUUGUUAUGAUGGCUACACCUUGCUUUUGGAAUGUAGCUUCUGUGUUCAGUCGCUUUACACUUCUGCUGUCUGUCCAUCAUAUUUGUGUAUCAGUUACUGUACAGUGCCUUGCAAAGUGAUAUCUUCCAUUUUUAAAUGCUGUAUGACGGUGUCCAAGAUGCUGGUGAGGCUUUGGGUUUGUCCCUGUAAAUAGGGAUUGACUAUAUGUUAUCAAUGCAAAUGACCUGGCAGCUAUAACAGCCCCAGUGAGCCUGUUAAUGAUUAUAUUUAGUGUUAAAUAUCAUCUAGUAUAAUAUGGUCAAAGGAAUGAAAUAUAGAACAGUUUUGUGCUUGUAUUGUGUCAUUGAAGUUCCAUGGAAUUUUAGCUGAAGUUUCAUUAUUUCCUGGGUAUUAGAUGAAGUAGUAGAUGAAGAAAAUUGUGCAUUACCAGUUCCCCAGCUAACAUUCUCAGAAUAUUAACUAACGUUGUGUCAAGGUUCUCUCAAACAUUCUUCCAGUAACAUUAACAAAACGUUCUUUCAAAGUUAUCUCGACUUUAAUAAUGUUCUGAAAAUGUUAGCACAAAAACAUUAUUUAUCAUAGAAGAAACGUUUAGUUGGACAUUCAUUUAAAUGUUGCAUACUUGUUUAUGUUGGCAAAAUGAUCAAAUGGAAUGUUCCCUUAAUGUUCACAUAACCAAUAAAAAAACAUUUUUAAAACAUUUAAAAAACUGGAUGUUAUGAACAUUCAGAAAUAAAGUUUUUUUUUUUUUUUUUUUUUUUUUAUAAUUUAAUGUGAACGUUAGCAUGUUAGCAAAACAUUCAUGGAACGUAUUUUUGUUAGCUGGGUCUGUCUGAAUAAAAGGUAAUAAAUCCCUUUAUGUAAAGCUGAAGUGUGUCUUUUUGGCAUUAAACAUCACAGUGGAAGUUGAAAUGUCAAAACAACCUUCUGUUUGUUCCAUUUGUAAUUUGUGCAGAAUUUACACGUCAUCUUCAAGAAUGAAGACUAAUGUCUGAAUCUGUGAUGAAUGUAAAGCUGUUGCAGUUAUAUAUGGAAAUGGGUUGAAUGUUUAUUUGUUUUGUUUUUUUUCAAAUAAAUUGUGUUUAGAUUCUUA